AUGGCAUCCCUACUCUCCAGUCUGUACUCGGACACCUCCGUCCAUCUAACCACGCGCGAAGCUUUGUCUGGCAUCUUCGGCUCAGUCUCGCUCGCGUGCUGGAUCUUCCUGCUAGUUCCUCAAUUGGUCGAGAACUACCGCAACCACUCGGCCGAAGCUAUCAGUCUUGCUUUCAUCUUCGUCUGGUUUAUCGGCGAUAUCUGCAACCUCGCCGGAGCGCUAUGGGCCGGACUGGUGCCAGUGGUGGUUGCGAUAGGUGUAUACUUCUGCAUCGCUGACGGAGUGCUGAUCGGACAAUGUCUGUACUAUGGUAUCGUCAAUAAGAGGCGGGAAGGAAAGGCUCUUUUGGAGAGCCAGUCGUCAACAGCAGAAGAGACGGAGGAAGAACCGCUCCUCAGGCGCACAAGGACCAACAGCAUCACGAUCCCGGGAUCGGGAGACCGACGCAAGAGCAACGCAAGUGGGAGGAGGAGAACGAGCACCGCUGGCCCGGAUGACCAUCUUGCGAAGAUACUUGAAGAGAGUGACGCAUCUGGGACUAGGUUGUGGUUCAAGAACGCCAUGAGCGUGUUGGCUAUUGUCAUUAUCGGCGCCGCCGGCUGGGCUCUUGCAUACGAGUCUGGCGCGUGGAAGCCCUCGCCUACGUCGACUGAUACUGAAGAAGAGAAGAUGGCUGCUGGAGCGCAGAUUCUGGGCUAUGCAAGUGCUGUAGCAUACCUUGGGGCCAGAAUCCCGCAGAUUGUCAAGAAUGCCAGAGAUAAGAGCUGCGAAGGUCUAUCGCUUCUGUUUUUCAUCCUGUCACUUAUGGGCAACCUCACCUAUGGCGCGGGCAUUCUCUUUCACUCGACACAGCACGACUAUGUGAUAAAGAACCUUCCUUGGCUCAUUGGGAGUCUAGGGACGAUGGCAGAGGAUGUGCUUAUCUUUGUGCAAUUCCACAUGUAUGCAGUCAAAGGGGAAAAUAGCGAAGAAGAGGCCGUGGCUUGA